AUGUCAGCCGCGGCACCAGAAUGGCUAUCUGCGGAGUAUCUAGAGGCUGCCCUUCGUCAAUAUUAUCAGAAAUGUCAACUUAAACUAGAAUCCUUGGAGAUAAAAUCUGCCUUGGGCAAGGGUGAAAAUUAUGGCGCCAUUCUAACACGCAUAUGUGUCAAGUUCUCCAUUGAUCUGGUCACAAAAGUUGAGUACUUGAUAGCCAAGACCCAGCUGGAGGAAGAAGAUGUGGAAACCCGGGAAAAGAAGGCACCCUACGAUACCUACAAUCGAGAGUUGGAGAUUUACGAGAAAGUAUUACCUCAACUGCAGAACUUGGCAGGUGAACAGCUCUGUCCACGAGUCCUCCACAUUGAUCGCCAGCGAGGAGCUCUACUGAUGGAGGACUUAACCCACAAAGGAUAUGUGAUGGCUCCACGACUCCAGAGACUGGAUGAGAGGCAUGUGGUGCUGGUGUUGAAAAAACUGGCUAAAUUGCAGGCUGCUUCUGCCAUUCUCAAUGAGAAUUUAAAGUGCAGUUCCCAGUCUCUAACGAAAUACAAUCGAGGUUUCUUCAAUCGCUACACCGAAAGCUAUAGCUCAUAUUUCCUGGGUUGCCUAAAGGCCUGUGCCAAUUACCUAAAAACACAGCCGGGUCACCAGAACCACGCCCAACGACUAGAGGAACUGGCACCCCACUAUAUGGGCCUGGGACUGCGUUGCUUUCAGCCUGAGGUGGGUCACAUUAAUGUCCUGACCCACGGCGAUUUGUGGACAAACAACAUGAUGUUCAAGUACGAGGCGGGCGUGCCAUCCGAUGUCCUUCUGAUUGACUUUCAGUAUGCCUUCUGGGGCUCGCCCACGUUGGACAUCCAUCAUCUGCUGAACACCUCCGCCGUGGAACAAGUGCGAACUGGUCUUCAAAUUGAGAUGCGGUGUAUCUAUCACGCAGUGUUUGUCCAGGAGCUGAGGAGGUUGAACUUCAGGGGUCAAAGGUUGCCCAGCCGCAAGCAAUUUCACCUGGAGUCGGAGCAGAAACGUUUCUACGCUGUUCACUGUGGUCUGCUUCUGCAACCGGUUCUCCUGAAUACCGAUGAAACUGAUGCGGAUUUUGGAGCCCUGCUGUCGGAUCAGCCGCGGGGUAUAAAUAUGAAGAGGAGGUUGUAUCUCAAUCCUGACAUACAGGACUCCAUCAGGCAGCUGGUGGGGGAAUUUGAGCUGGAAGGACUCUUGGACCCCUCACAAUACGAAGGACUCUAAAUGAGGCAUGGGAGCGAAUUUUUAUACUUUUUCAUAAACUCCUCCGCAUUAGGCCUUUCAAUUAGACGGGCUAAUAAACAUAAAACAUGGCACAGCCCCAGCCACAAACCAACAACAUUUUAAAGUCA